AUGAACACCGCAACGGUUGGGAUGGCGGUGACGCCUACCGUCCUGUCUACUUUCGUGUCUCAUUACUUUAAUCGCAAGCCUCUCAAGGAACGGCCCACCGCGCACUUGUCCUACGACGAGGGCCUCCAUCUGAUCCGAUCCUUCUUGGACUUCGCCUCGCAUCAUACUGUCGAGGAUCUUCAGGCUUUCACUGCCCAAUGGGUACCGCAUCCGCAAUGGGUCAAGGUCGACGAUGUCGAAAUCCCCGCCGAACACGUCGAUGAAGCUGCAACGGCUCUCCAGAAGCAGCUCGGCACCGAGGGCAUCCGACUGGUGGGGGGCACGAAAUGGUGGCAAUGGCGCCGGUCGAAGGCGCCCGUUGCCGCUGAAUGGAUUGAGAUGAAGUCAGACUACCACGAGCGCAAGGAGUCUGGGGACCCCGGGAAGCGCGUCAUGCUCUACAUCCACGGCGGAGCCUACUUCUUCGGGUCCGUCGACGAGCAUCGUUACCAGAUGCAACGGCAUGCGCGUAAGCUGAAGGCUAGGGUCUUUGCGCCAAAGUACCGACUGGCACCCCAGUUUCCAUUCCCCUGUGGAUUGCAAGACUGUCUUGCGGCAUACCUCUACUUGCUUACUGUUCAGGAUCCGACGACCAUCAUCCUGGCGGGAGACUCGGCCGGUGGUGGUAUGGUAUUGAGCUUGUUGGUAACACUCAGAGAUCAAGGCCUGCCGUUGCCUGCCGGUGCCAUUCUUAUCAGCCCAUGGGUCGACCUGACGCAUUCCUUUCCGAGCGUGGCAGGUGACGCUCCUUUCGAUUACAUACCUGCCCAUGGCUUUCACCAUAAGCCCUCCAAGGCGUGGCCGCCCCUGAAUGCCGAGGAGCACGCCCUACUCAGGGAGCAGAUUGCCAAGAAUACCAAACCUGGCCACACGAAACUCAUGAAGCCAGCGUCCGUGGACAUGAGGCGGCGCUCUCAAGAACCUCAUCGUACAGAAGCCUCGGACAAGCAGGAAAAUGGCGAGACUGCCAACGGAUCUGCGGAACCUGAGAAAUACAACCAGUCGGCUACCCUUUCCAUCGAACUAGAUGGGAAAACAGUAGAGCUCAAGGAUCAGAUCCAGAUGUACGCGACUAACGAGCUGCUGUCUCAUCCUUUGGUCAGCCCAGUCAUGCAGCCAACUCUUGGUGGCCUUCCUCCAUUGUUGAUAAUGGUCGGCGGCGGCGAGAUUCUCAGGGAUGAACAAAUCUACCUUGCGCACAAGUGCGCGAAUCCCACCAAGUAUGCGCCCGCAGAGUCGUUGAUGCAUGAGUCUGCCAGAGCACAAUUGGCUCGGUUUAAGCCGACUGAUGUACAAUUACAAGUUUGGGAUGAUCUCUGCCAUGUUGCACCAACACUCAGUUUCACCCGACCUGCCAAGUUUAUGUACCGGUCCAUCGCCCAGUUUGGUGCAUGGGCUCUUGCGAGGGCCCAGAAAACCGAGAUUGAUAUUCUUGAUGAUGACGACAUCUCUUUCAUCUCGAGCUCGGGAUCCGACAGUGACGAGCCUGCGGAAUCCUCGCAAGAGAAGCCUGUGCUACAGGACACCCUUCACACUCCGACAGUUGGGAAGGCUGGCGACGAGCUCCCACCAUUCAAGGAUCACAUGAUUAGACAGCAAGUUAGCAGGCAUGGUAUUGUGACGCCUCUGGCGUUGGAGUCGGAGCUCAUCGCAUGCAACAUGGACCCCAAAGAUAUCGGUGUCGUCAAGGAGGGGCCAGUACGCAAAUGGCUCGCGACCCGUGCCCAGUGGGACAACCGGUUCGGGAGUGCCCGAGCCAAGAUCCACAAACAGCGACUCAAGGAGAUGGUCGCCGGGUACGAGCAAUUCGAUGGCGAGACACCUCCGCCAAGCGCACUGGCAUCACGUAGGAAGAUGGGCUACGACCGAGCGGACGCCAAGAAGCGCAAGAGUAUGGGUCUCGCUCUGUGGUCACUGUGGGGAUCCAAGCAUGACGAGAUGACUAUGAACCGCGAGCAACAGGCUGACAAGGUCCCCGACAUCAAAGUCGCAACCGACGCCGAAGGGAGUGGAGCCCGAAGCGUAACCGACAUCAAGAAGCAAGAGGGCUCAGUCGGGAAGAGGCUGACGCUGUCAAGCCGUAGUCCUUCAAGACGACGUCUUGUGAAGGACGGUAAUCAAAUCUCCAACGAAUCAGCCACCGGACAUGAAGAAGUCACCCCACUGGCUUCACUUAUGGCAAAGAGGACCGCAGACUCCCAAGCAGUCGAAUCUGCGAGGGCAGCAGAGUCUGGCCUUCUGACUCCUGAAUAUGUGCCGCUCGAGACGGGAGCAACGGGCAAACGCCCCUUUGUGGAGGGCAUCGCAGUUCCAUUCACGUUGCACAAGGAAGCCGAGACUGCGAGCAUGCUCACCCUGACGUCGAACAUGGAGGGCCACCCAUCGCGAGUUGCCAGUCCGAUGCCGGUGCAGGGCGACAACUACUUCGGGCUGCCCAACGGCACCUCUAGCGAGGAAGCUGCGCAACAGGCAUCAGAGCCCUCGACGCCCCGGCCCGCUAGCCCGCCGGUGCCUAUCUUGGAUGAUAUGGCUGAAGGGGAGCCCAUUACUGCUGGAACUCCUCGAUCGGCGAGCCCAGCAGCCACGCCGAAGGCUGUGAGCCCCGAGGCUACUCCAACGGCCGAGAAGCCCAAAGGCCUCGAGGCGGCCCCGCCCGUCAUGGUCGGCGGUGUGAUCACGCACGAGGAGCGACCGCCUCUGGAGACCUUCGUUACGGCGCAAGAGGAAUUGCCCAGGGUCAACUGA